AUGCGACGGCAUUGUAGAAAACGAAUAUUUACUUUAUUCUUUGGCUGUUUGAUAUUUUAUAUCGGUGGGUAUGUAUUUGUCAGCAUCUCGGAAGUUACACGUGAUUCAACUGAAAAAAUCGUAUAUUUACAUGCACUACGCCGAUCGUCACCAAUGGAACAUAAUAUUGAGUUAUGUUCUUCAAAUGAUAUCGAUCUUAUUAUUAUUAUUAUUUCAUCGAGUUCACAUUUUCUUGAGCGAGAAUCAAUCCGUGAAACGUGGGGAUCAAUGCCAAAUUUGAUGAAUAUACGUUCCCAAUGUAUUUUCGUGGUUGGCUAUCAAUAUGGCAAUAGUAUUUUUGAAGAAUUAUUAAAUGAAGCAAAAAGUAAACAUGAUUUACUUUAUUUAACUGUUGACGAUGAUUCAAUGGUAGGAAAAGAAUUACAUGCCUAUAAAUGGUUGGAAAAAUAUUGUUCGAAUGUAACAUUUACAUUUAAAACUAAUGAUUAUUUUUUUGUGAAUACCUUUCUUUUACAUGAACUUAUUCAAGAACUUACAACUAAUCCGCAACAAUAUCAAAAUAGAUAUUUAUAUAAUAAUUCAUUAGAAUCCCUUUUUACUGCUCAUAUUAAUCCUGGUGCAAAUAAAUUUCUUUUUGGGAGAAUGUUCCAAGCAAGUAGACCACACCGAGAUAAACUGAGCCCAUUUUAUGUUAGUUAUAAAGAGUAUCCAAAAGAUUUAUAUCCACCUUAUUGUUCUAUUUUCGGUUAUUUAAUGGAUUCCAAAACACGAAAUUUACUUACAGAAGAAGGCUUAAAAGAUAAGUCUCCAUUUCGUUUUUCGGAUGUAUAUAUAACAGGAAUUUUACCUGAACGACUUAGAUUUAUUUGUAAUAAUAUACCAUUUACUUAUCAUCUUGGCAGUACAGACGAAUGUAUAAAUAUUAUUAAGAAGCAAAACGUAGAAUCAUCAAGAUCGCCACUUAUUGUUUGUUCAACAUCGCUUAUACCCGCAUAUAAAUUUUUAGACUUUUAUAGAAUUUGGACUGUUCUAAAACACGUUUAUAAAAAUCGAAUGUAUUCUACCCAAGGUGUCUUUUUAUUGUAUCAAAAUAAAAACAAAGAAACAGUACUAACACUUUUACGAUAUUUAUCUACUAAUAUUUAA